CAAAAGGCGCCAUGCGCGUUCAAUCUGUAUAUUUCUUAUCGAAUUUCAUACUCCCAUAUACCACAGCCUACAUCACGUCAGUGUGCGUCAAAGAAAACGAGGAGUUUUCCAUGUGUGCGUGGAAAUGUGCCCCGACUUGCGUCAACAUCAAGUUGUUGUCGGCGAACGCUACUUGCCCGCAGCCGUGGUCUUGCGAUGUCGGCUGUCGAUGCGCACCCGGGUUCCUCCGGGAUGAGUGGUCGAAGGAGUGUGUAAUGGUUAUGGAUUGUCCAGAAUACGACACGUGUCCGCCCGGGGAGAGCAUGGGCCACUUCAUGCAGUGCGUGCGGCCCAUGAAGACCAGCCGCUUCAACCAGUCGCAUUGGGAGAACUACCCUGACCUGCGGGAACAUAACUCAACGGCUAAUGAUGAUGAAUAUUUAACGUACUCGCUUUAGA